UCAGAACGACUCUUUCAGGCCAUCUUUAAAAUGUCAUUGGUAAACCAUACUUGAUCCUAAAUUCCUAUACUUCCUCAGGCCAUCCGAGCAUGAAACGCUGUCACCUACCCACAUCCGCUGGCUGUGACGCUUGUCAAAGUGUUCUCUAUCAGCUGCAUGCCUAGACCACCAAAGCGUUCUGUCCGGACAGUGUCACUGGAGAAGGCGGCGCGACAUGUCCAGGGCGCAGAUCUGGGCUCUGGUGUCUGGUGUCGGAGGGUUUGGAGCUCUCGUUGCUGCUACCACGUCCAAUGAGUGGAAAGUGACCACGCGAGCCUCCUCGGUGAUAACAGCCACUUGGGUUUACCAGGGUCUGUGGAUGAACUGCGCAGGUAACGCGUUGGGUUCUUUCCAUUGCCGACCGCAUUUUACUAUCUUCAAAGUAGCAGGUUAUAUCCAGGCAUGUAGAGGACUUAUGAUCGCUGCUGUCAGCCUGGGCUUCUUUGGUUCCAUAUUUGCCCUCUUUGGAAUGAAGUGUACCAAAGUCGGAGGCUCCGAUAAAGCCAAAGCUAAAAUUGCUUGUUUGGCUGGGAUUGUAUUCAUACUGUCAGGGCUGUGCUCAAUGACCGGCUGUUCCCUAUAUGCAAACAAAAUCACAACGGAAUUCUUUGAUCCUCUCUUUGUUGAGCAAAAGUAUGAAUUAGGAGCUGCUCUGUUUAUUGGAUGGGCAGGAGCCUCUCUGUGCAUAAUUGGUGGUGUCAUAUUUUGCUUUUCAAUAUCUGACAACAACAAAACACCCAGAUACGCAUACAACGGGGCCACAUCUGUCAUGUCUUCUCGGACAAAGUAUCAUGGUGGAGAAGAUUUUAAAACAACAAACCCUUCAAAACAGUUUGAUAAAAAUGCUUAUGUCUAAAAGAGCUCGCUGGCAAGCUGCAUCUUGAGUUUGUUACAAAAGCGAACUGUUCACAAAAGCCCUCCCAUAAUUAACACUCAAAACUAUUUUUAAAAUAUGCAUUUGAAGCAUCUGUUGAUUGUAUGGAUGUAAGUGUUCUUACACAGUUAUAUACUAAUCAUUUUCUGUUGUGGCUUUCUAUAAAAAAUAAACAGGUUAUUUACAGGAUUUGUAAAAUGUUUUCUACAUUUAUAUAGAACAUGAAAAGCAUUUAAUACCAAAGGUUCAAGAAGUAUUCGUACUCUAGCCUUUUUAAUCAUUCAUAGAUAGAAGUCUUUGUACCCACUCCUUAUGUUUCUUUUCAUUCAUAAACAGGUAUGUAAGGAACAAUGUCAUAAACAGCAUGGAGGCAAUCUGAGAAUAUUCCUCAAAAGGUGUCCACGUUAAAUAGACAUGUUACUGGCUGCAUACAGGCAAAUUCUAGUUUUUGGUUUUUUUUUAGUAUUCUACAUUUAUUUAAAAAGCUAAAUAUUUUUGUUGAAGCAGCAAGUUAUCUGGUAGAACUUAACUUCUACGGGAUCAGAGAGGAUCUUGCUCAUUCAUGGCCAUAUCCACAUGCCCACGGCCGCUCAGUAGAUUGUUGAAAAAGCAAAGCCACACCAUUCUCUUUGACGUAUGCAGAGAGUUACGUAGCAGCAGGGGAUGUUCUCUGAUUUAUUCCACUGGCACCAUUAGUGAAUAUUUAGUUGUUUUCAUAAAUGAUGCUGUAAUGAAGACUCAUGUACAUAUUUAGCAAAUUCUGGUUUCUUACAUGUGUCUGUCAUGACUGUAAUUCAUUAUGACUGCUCCAGGAAAGGCUAAUGGGGCCAAUAUAUUAUUGCCUGGCAUGUGGCACAUCCAUGUUAAGGGGCUGAGGUGUCCCUGGCACGGAAUGCAGAGCCCUGAGCUAGGGCAUCAGCAGAAGCUGAGAUAGAGAUAUUGGUCGUGGUUGACUGUGGAGCCAAUUAAAACCUGUUUAUGCCUAGUGUUCCAUUAUUGGAACGCUAAGCAUGUGGGAGUUAUUUAUAUCCUACUGCUCAAGGUCAUCGCCAAGGUGUGACUGGAAAAAUUCAAAAAAUUGCAACCUCAGGCAUAAAUGGGUUAAGGACAUCCCAAGCCCAAGUGGUACGUGCCUCACUCAGAACCAGAACUGAUGGGCUGAGUUCUAUCUAGGUGUGUCUUCCAGAACCUGUUUACGGAACUAACUGGGUAACUGAGAGACUUGUCAUUUCUAAAGACAUUUAAGUUGCUCCAGGGAUUUCUGAACAAAGACAAAGGCUGAUUCCUAGAGCCAGCCCUAUAUAACAUGCCCACAAGGGCAACAGUUAUCACAGUUAAUACACGCCUUUCAUGUCCUGUCUCACUCACUCCUCACAGCCAUCCUAGGAGAUACAUACAUAUUGUUUUCAUCUUGCAUUUACAGAAAAAGAAAUGAAAGCAGAGAGCUUAAAUAAUUUGCCACAGUAAUGUCGAAACUAGACCUUUGAACCAAGGCAGUCUAGGGUAAAAUAUAGUUUCAAAGUAUGAAUAAGAAUUGGUAUUUGUGUUAUCUUUGAGUAAGAAACUGUCCGAUACGAAUCACAACGUGGGUGAAUGUAGUAUUUUCCUGAAGUGUGAAAGACUUAAAAAAAAAAUCACAUUGUUCAGAGGUGCUCAAUGGAAAGAAAAGGAAAUGAACAAGUUUGUUAAAAAAUAAAAAAUAAAAAAAAUUCCACACCUUGA